UUGUGAAACCAGUCAAACCAAAGUUCAAACAGUUAUUACAGCUGUGCUAUGAGUGCUAUUGUAAUUUGUAUUAUUUUGUAAAUAGUUUUACGAGUUUAUAUUUAGACUUCAAACAAAGCAUUAUUCUGCCUUUUAUUCUUAAAGCAUAUUCGUCUCUAUCAAUACACAAUGGAGAAAAAUGGGAACCCUCCAUCUUACGGCUGGAAUAAUGGGCAUAUGCAGGCGCCUCCUGCGGCCCCUCCGAGUUAUUCACAAGCCGUGGGCGGUGUGGGACCCUCCAGUCCAUACACGCCCCAAUAUCCUCGUACAACUGGUCCACAAAUAGUCACGACAGUGGUGCCUUUGGGGCCACAAUCUACACACAUGAUAUGCCCCAGUUGCCACGGAGAAAUCGACACGGCCUCAAAGAAAAAACCGGGUCUCAUUGCAUAUAUAGCCGGAUCGGUCAUGUGUAUCCUGGGGUUGUUUUGCGGCUGCUGCUUGAUCCCGUGCUGCAUCGACAGUUGCAUGGAUGUGCAUCACGAGUGCCCCAAUUGUGGCGCUCACCUUGGCCGCUAUCGCCGGUAACGAGUCGGGCAUCAAUAAAUAAUUGAAUCUUGGGAAUAUUGAAACCGACUUGUAAUUAAAGCUCCACGUUCAAUUUCAGGUCUAAACACCUGCGUGUGAGCAAAUUAAUACUUUCUUAUCUAAUAAUAUUAUAUAAUUGUUGUAAUCUAACAAGACAGUCGGCCCAAGAACUAGGCAUCGGUCAGCGUUUUUGGAGGUUGUUUUAAACUCAAUGUUAACAUAGCUAACUCGGGCAGUCCUAAGCGAUGUCUUCUAUCUCAUCUUUAUAUUUUGUUGUACAAAUUUAUGGUAAGUCGUGAGGAUUUUUUGCCAUAAUCUAAACUUUUAUAAUUGAUAGUAUAGAUUAAAUAGUGGUCUAAGUUUUGUGUAGGCCUUACUAUUACCCUAUUUAUAUACAUAAGUAUGAGCCAUCUUUUACAAACUACUCCAUAGUUUUAUCAAAUGGAACGAUAUUCAAUCUCGAUCCAGCUUUAAUUAUACAAAUUGAGAAUACAUUUAUAUUUUUUAAUGAUAUAUGCAUUUAUAUGUAAUUUUUUAAGAUGUCGUCGAAGAUGACGUCACAAUACAUAUAUUUCUUAAGUACGAUUCGGUUAAUCGAUGUGUGAGUGCAAAGUUAAAACGUGGCCGUUAACUAUUUCGAUACUUGCGUGAACCGUUCAAUCGUGUUCAGAUCGUGUUAAUGUCGCGACUUUUUCAAACAUUGUUUCAUAUGUUACAUUUGCCCAAAAGUGUUUGUCACAUUAAGUAAAUCUUGUAUUUUGAUCUUGUGUAUGAUGAUGGUGUAUCAGUAUGCCGAGCGUUGGCAAGCUUUUAUAAAUAAAUUUCGUAACUUGAA